AUGUCCAUAUUCCUGCUCCCUAAAACUCUUUAUAAAGCCAUAAACUCUGAUCUUGCUAACUUUUGGUGGGGAUAUACUGAUACCAAGUCAAAAAUUCACUGGAAUGCUUGGCCUAAGUUGUGUGAAGCAAAAUCUAAGGGUGGAAUUGGUUUCAGAGAGUUCAACACUUUCAACAAGGCUCUGCUCGCCAAGCAAUGCUGGCGCAUCCUAAAAAACCCCAAUGCCUUAUGGGUGAAAGUGUUAAAAGGAAGGUACUUUCCAAACUCCUCUUUCUUGAGUGCCAAAAAUGGUAGGCGUCCUUCAUGGGGAUGGAACAGCUUAAUUGCCGGUAGGGACACGAUUUCUAAUCAUGCUUUCUGGCAAAUCAACAACGGAAGAUUAAUUGAUGUUUAG